CUCUGCGGUCUCCCUCUUUUUUGGCUUUCUUUUAUAGGUGGCCUUUAUCAAAUUCUCCAUCUCUCUCUGUGCAGGAAUCUCUAGCUAGUUACAGGGGCUUUUCUUGUUUUUGAGGGGAUAAGCAAGCUUGGAAGUGGAGGAGACGAGAGGGAAAAUUCCUUUGUGGGAUGGGAAUAAGACAAAAAAUAUAGAGAUGACAUGGUGCAACAAUAACUCAGAAGAUGAAAGAGUCAUUCAAUUAGUCACAAGUAACCCGAAAGAAGAUACUAUUGUCGCUGCAAAAACAGAAGAAAUUCGAAGGAUAACUUGCCCUUCAUGUGGCCAUAAUUUUGAAAUUCAAGAUCAGGGGGGUAUAAUUCAUGAUUUGCCGGGACUACCAGCGGGAGUGAAGUUUGAUCCGACGGACCAAGAAAUACUAGAACAUUUAGAAGCAAAGGUGUUAUCAGAUAGGCGUAAACUUCAUCCUCUAAUUGAUGAAUUUAUCCCAACAAUAGAGGGGGAGAAUGGAAUUUGCUACUCUCAUCCUGAGAAGCUACCAGGAGUAAGCAAUGAUGGCCAAGUCCGCCACUUCUUUCAUCGACCAUCAAAGGCAUACACAACCGGAACUAGAAAACGCAGAAAGGUGCACACUGAUGAAGAUGGAAGUGAAACCAGAUGGCACAAAACAGGCAAGACCAGGCCAGUUUUUGCAGGCGGGACAGUGAAGGGAUUCAAAAAAAUUCUGGUGCUUUACACAAAUUAUGGUAGGCAAAGGAAACCUGAAAAGACAAACUGGGUAAUGCACCAAUACCAUCUUGGAAACAACGAAGAUGAGAAAGAUGGAGAGUUGGUGGUUUCAAAAGUUUUCUUUCAAACUCAGCCCAGACAAUGUAGUUCAAGCAUUAAGGAUUCAAUUGACAAUAAAUCGACAAAUCAAAGUGGUGAUAUUGAUAAUAUUCACCCCCUAGCCAAGAACAGUACAGGUCUCCUUGAGUUCUAUAAUCCACCUUUUAUGUCUUAUGAGCACAGCAAUCAUAGCAGUGAAAUCCCACCUCAAUUUCUCCCCAAUUUGGUUGUUCAGGGUGACGGGUCAUCCUAUAUUAGGUUAGCUGCAGAGACAAGCAAAGGAAAGCUUCAGAGAAAGCAGUGAUGUGAUCAGAAAGAGCAUUUGGUAGAGCAGAAAUGACAAAGACUCAUCCCGAGUGCAUGGUUGUUGCUUCUUUUGUGGUGUAACCCUCAUAUAAAUUAUUAUUAUUAUUAUUAUUAUUAUUAGAUGGAGAUUUUAGUGAGAAAAAGAAGAAAGGUGAAUGGCUUCUUUAGUAAAAAAGAUAAUGAAGCCAAGUUCUUUGGAAGCUUUGCUGUAAUGCUCUUUUACGUAGCUUUGGAGUUGGAAGGUACUGAAGGUGAUAUUUUUAUACCCAUGUAAGGGUACUGAGGUUAUUGUUUGUAGAAAGUGUAAAGAAAGAGAACUCUAUUAGCUUAGGUAGUUUGACAUUUAGGGUUUAGCUUGAGCUUCAUCGAUUAUUGUUUACAAAUAUACUUUCUUCUUUCAGAAGCUUACGCUUAAUGUUUAUUAUAUAUAAAUUUACUAAAAUCUUUUUUU